AUGUUUCUGAGACCGGGCAUGGUGGUAUGGGUUGCUGGGAUUAUUUUGACCAGCUUGUCCACCAUAGUAGUAGCCUUGAGGUAUUACUGUCGUUACUUUCUGAUGGGUACUGUCGGUGCAACGGAUCAUCUCAUGUUGACCGCUCUCUUAAUAACUUGGGGAAACACGGUAAUCAACUAUUAUCAAGACCAAACGAGUAGCUCGUUUAGGCCAAGCCAGUUCCGCAUCCCUGAGAAGAGGCCAAAGAUUGCGGCCGCCCUUCAAGGGACAUUGCUCACCUGGUACAUGUAUCGAAUCACCUACAUAAUUGGGCUUUGCUUUGUCAAACUCUCGAUCCUCUUCUUCUACCGUGCAAUUGCAUCACACAUCACAUUCCGCCGGAUGGUCUAUGCUACGAUAACAUUCAUCUCUCUGUACACGUUUGCAGCGACCAUCGCCAACAUCUUUCAAUGCCAGAAUCCCUCGGACUCGUGGAGCACAUCAGCCUAUUUCUCCCAAUUUGAUGGGCCAGGCCCGAGCAAAACUCCUAAGCCAAAGGUGCGCUGCAACAACCCUGUUCAGCUGUGGGUUUUCUCGGCCGCCGUCAACCUCUUCACGGAUGUAGUCAUUCUUCUGCUUCCCAUUCCCACGCUUCUAGGACUAAGGGUGCCAAUGAAUAAACGUCUUGCGUUGGUCGGCAUUUUCUCGGUCGGUAUCAUGGCCAUUGUUGCUUCCUGUGUUCGCAUGUGGGUAAUGGCACUCUGGUCCGAGUCGCCCGCCAAUUCAGCCCAUUUUGGAGCAGAUCUACUCCUCUGGGGCCAGGUUGAAACAAACAGCGGAAUCAUCUCUGCCUCGGUCCCAUUCCUCAGGAUGAUCUUCCGAGGCCGAGAGAAGGAGCCCUCAGAAAAGAACCGAGGUAUCAGUCCACCCAGACGCCCAGUUGAUACCAACAAUAAACCACUUGAAAUAUCGUCCAUGGCUUUCUUCUCCGGUCCCGAUGUUGGACCUAAUGGUUCUCCGAUUUGGAAACCAUUCAUUACAGUUCCGGCGUCGCUGAGUUCGAGCUCGAGGGAUUCGGCUGCGCUAGAGGCACAGCAUCCACACCAGACGGUCUGAAAGUCGUGAAUCGAGGUAAAAGGCGAAUGGUUAGAAAGGGUUCCUAAAGAUUCCGGGACAGCACCUCCACGCAAUGCAGCGUUAAUUACGGCAACCGUAGCGCUCGGAUGGUAGCUGGCCUACCGUGUUGGAACACUAGCUAACGUCGCUAUCG